GUCGGCCUUGAGAAUCGAUCCGACGUCUCCUGCCCCUCCCCCUGCCCCACACGGUGACUGCUGCUCCAUUUGCGCGAUCGUCAUUGUCCCGUUGUGUCGCGAGCCAAUAACUACACAAACACAACACACACACACGAUACGCAACACCAUCUCGACACAGCCACAAGCGUAAAGGAUACACAGCAAGCGCGGACAUUUCACAUACGCACGUGUACGCGCAUACAACACAGACGUUCACGCAACAGCAGCAGCAGACCACCUUGAAGGGAGACCGACAAACCAUCAUGAACCCUCAGUACCAGCGCUUGGACGAGGCCGGGGGCUACCGACCGGGCCCCAUGGGGGUCCCGAUGCAGGACGUGUGCGCUGGGGUGGUCGUGGUGGGGUCGGGAUACGAUCACGGAGGGCCACCACCACCGUCGUCGUCUGGAUCACCUCCUGUCAUUGUGCACGCUGGGCCAUGGGAGUCGGGGCUCAUGUCGGAAGUUCGCGACUAUUUGGCGUGGUCGCUGUGCAGCAUGAUGCACGUCAAUGUGUGCUGCCUUGGAUUCCUGGCCGCUGUCUUCUCCAUCAAGUCCCGGGAUCGCAAGUAUUUGAACGACGUGGAGGGCGCACGGCACUACGGCAACAUCUCGCUGACGCUCAACAUCAUCGCCUUGGUGCUCGGCCUGGUGGCGUGUGGGCUGUUCAUAUACGGCAUCAUUAUGCUGGCCAAUGGCUACGUCGACCUCAUACACAAGUUGGACCACGAGAAUCAACCCUCCAUCUUCAACAACAACAUGAAUGGGUAGUUGUUGGCCACGUGGAUUGUGUAGGGAUAGGGGAAGGGGGGAAAGCCAGGCACGUGGGUGUGGGAACAAGGCACCAUAGUUGGGGUAGCGCGAAAGGUUUGAUUCGGGAAUUUGUGGCUUGCAUACUUCUCGUUGCGUUUUUUGUGUGGAUAAUGUGACAAGUUUAUCAGUUGCAAGUUGACUUUUUUUCGACCGAAUAUUGCCAGGAAGUACUUCAUUAUGUGGGGGGUUUUUAGUGGUAAUAUGGCUGAAUUGGAUUGCUGCAUGGCCGGUAUUUUCCAAGAAAUAUUGGCGGAAAGCGCUUGUACAAUUUGGCAGAAUGUUUCAUUCCCUGCCAAGUGUUGGUUGGGGGAAAUGUUUCUCCCAAAUAAUUAGUAAAAGUGCCUCCCCCAACAAAUUGAGACCCACACGGUGUAUUACGUCUUAAAAUGAUAUUGCAGUCAACUUUACAAAGAAUUGGACUUUUAAAAAAUCAUGUGAAAAUAUAUUAUUAGCUAAAUUGUGUUUGCGGGGAAAGGGAUUUGAAAACAAUAAUUACAACAAAAAUAUCUACCAGCACCCACCCCCACUGAUUUUUUUUUACUUUACUACUUCAAAAAUACCCAGACUGUAGAAUUGUAGGAUCACAUUAAGAUUCACAUCUUGACGAAACGGCCGAUUCACUUUACAUCGUGUCAGCGAUUUGCUUUAUUUUUUGCCAAAAUAAUCGCAGAGGAAAGCCAACGUUGUCCACAUCGUUGUGACUCUGGCCCCCAGAGUGCUGUCAUGUCACCCUGUGAUGGCAACACGGCAGUUUGCUUUAGGGAUAGGGUUCUUGGCAUGUAUAGGAUUAUGGUUAUUGGUUCCGGCAGGGACCCGCUACUUCAAAACAAUUCCUUAAUUGGGAAAACCCACUUGGCAACAUCGUCACCCCUGACAGCAUAAUUCCCCCUUGCAGGCUGUGUACACGUUGUAUACACAGCUGCCACCAGGGGUCGCCUUGAAAUUAGGUUGAGAUGCGAUGUAAGGCUACAUGGGAUGCCGAGGAUUGCAAGUGCCCUAUUAGUGAAAAUUAUUCAAUCCUUAAUUUCAUAUGGCCCGUGACCGCAUGGGGGUCUGUCCUUUUAAAUCAAAACCGCAAAUGAUAUUUACCCAUCACCUGAAGUGAGCUCAUCGGGUUUCUUGGAAGAAAUGUUUUCAACCUGGCAUCGAUUUUGUUGCAAAUUUUACCACUGUUCUCAGUCACUUCUGCCACACCUUGACAAACCUCAAGUCAAUUUGAGGUGUGUUCAUGUGCGGUUGUACGCAAAAAGUUUUUGAAAGUCGUAUUUGGCCCUCGGUAAUUAAAUUCUUCCCCACCCCUUGGUUUGAGUUGUAGCUCAGGAUUUUGGAGCUGCAGGGCUGUAGAAUUUGUCAAGCUUAGUCUAAAUUAUCUCAGUCAACUGCAAGUGGCUGUAACCAUAUUUUCUUGGUGAAGGCAUACAUCAGCAGGUUUCACAGCUGCAGGCCUGUGCUGGGUUAUGUAAUGAUCGAUCUAUCAAAAAAAUAUUUCUCACAACACAUGCAACCUUAGUCAAUCGGCAAGGCAACUUUGGUGGGGUAAGGUGUGGGUACCUCCACCUCUUCCAAGUCAUCUGGCCAUCUUCGAAGAGUAUGCCUUCUUAGGGCUCCCCCCCCCCCGCACCUCCGAAUCCCGCACCUCUAAUUAGCACAGUUGGCUAUGUGCGGUGCAAAAGAAGUCCAACAUACAUACAGGCCCUUCUAACAGCAGUGGUGUGAGCAGUAAUAUCAGGGCUGCAGAGUCACCGUUCAUCUGUGUGCACACUUCUGGCUAAUCUUACUUCGCGGUCUGCGCAACGCUGGGUGGAGUUGUGGCCCAGUUUUCUCGUGCAUUGUGCCAUGAACCCAGCAUCCCGAGUUCGCUUCUCGGCUUACGACUGCAGUUUAUCGGUGGCGAGUUGUUGUAUCUGAACUGGUGCAGAGCCCCCACGCACCCACGCCUCACCGAACUGCGCUGACCGGCGUGAUGAUUUAUAACCACACGAACCGCCCUGCCCAUGCAGCCGCUACGCGUGGAGGUGCCCUUAAUCUGGCAGUGGUUUUACUAAGUUGUGGAAGAUUUAAUGCUACAAGCUAGACGACAGAAUUAACAAAGCGACCAAAAACGAAAAUGAACAGUAAAAACAAAAAAAUAAUUUCGGAAUCAGCAGUUGUAACCCUGAGUGAUGAUAAUGCGUUGAAUUGUGAUUUGUAAUCGCGGCAAUUCAUCAAAUCGCAAGGGAAGUGAAUCGUGUGCGGAUGUGCGAUCUACGCACAGACCUACCAUAUACAAAGGUGGUCGCCUUUAAUUAAUAGUUUUUGGUUGAGGGAACAUUAAGGUUACGUGGACACACAUGUUUAAGGGUGUGUUGGUUACUGAGGUUACACAGUACUUUGUAUAUUUAAGUCAUCACCAGGUUUCUUAUUUUCAUACGUUGAACCCGGCAUGCAGGUGUGUCAUUUCACGCCGAGUUGACCUAGCGGAGGCCCAGAACAUUCUCCGAUGCUACUUGCCACUGACGUUACGGCUUUGCGCGCACCCUGCUCCCGAGUCAAGCACACGCACUCCAGAGUACAACACUGACUCGCGGUGCAUUGUGAAGUGAGGAAGCCUCGCUGGCAGGAGUUGCCCAACAGAGUACGCCCAGGUGUUAUGGGUUGACUGAGAAGACUGACAGAUGUACCGCCUGUGCUGUCGCUGUACCAACAUUACCCACACGUACAUGUAGGCAAGACCGCCCGUAUAGCCUUUGACGGAAUGAUGGGGCAAGUGCUGUUGAAGGCCGGCACGGCGCACAACAGGGGUGGGUGGCCAACACCAUACCUGGCCGGCCGCCUUUGUCUCCCCAGUGCUGAUAUUUAGACAACAGUUACUUAUUUCAGGCUGAGUGGACAAAGGGGUAGGCCCAGGAUCGUUUCAGAUAAUCAUCACUGGUGUUGGCCGUGAGCGGGAAUCCAACUUGGGUCGCCGAGUUCGUAGUGCUGCACGCUAACCGAUGCACUACCGCUCCCCACAGGCACACACACACACAAUAUGCAUUCAGACCAAACAAAUCAAUACAUGAUACUUCAUGGCGGUCUAUACGGGAACCCAUUGUACACGUCAAUCACCGGCAGUGCCUGAACUAAUCCAAUCAACGUGAUUUGUUUGACACCUGCCGAGGGGGAGGACCCUCAAGGACUGCAGUUGAAACUUCCGUCCCGUUUAACAUCGUGUGAACAGAGAGCAAAUAUGUAACCAACAGUAGCACUUGUUUUAUCCCAUCGCCGACUUAAUUUUACUUUUACAAAGGGAUGUUUAUUUUUACGAGGUGGAUGCACACAAAAUAAUUGCACGUACUAUUUUAACAUAAUCACAUUGGUGUUGCUGUAGAUAGGUGUCUUUCUUUUUUUAAAUAUGGAUAAAAGCUCAAGGGGCAGCCCUGAAAUGUCUUGCUUGUGCAGUUGCUGAUGGAAGGGUCUCCACUGGAGGGAGCCCUGGAGGACCAAUACGAGUAAUGCGCUUUACACUACAGGCAGUCCCCGGGUUACGGAAGGGUUAGGUUCCCGAGAACGAUCCGUAACCCCAGUUUCACGUACGUCGGAAACUGAACAAUUUCCCCCCCAAACUCGAGAUUCAUUCUAUUUUCCUGAACCCUAUUGAAGCCCGAGCGAGGCAAUAGGCGGCCGCCCGCUUUACGCCUCGCUCGGCGGUAUUCGUCCGCAACCUCACCGCGCUGGACUGCUUGCGCUUGUGCAACUAAGGCAAAUAUUUCCACGUGUCCAAUUUUCUUAACACUUUAGGGGGGAGCAUUUCCGUGAGGUCGGAUUUCCGCAAGGUCGGAUUUCCGCAAGUCGGGUCUUCCGCAACCCGCGGACUUGUACUGAGUUUCCUCUCUUUAAUGCGGCUUUAUUUUGUGCCAUUUCCCGUAUAUAUCCAGCUUAACCUAUUUCUGCCCAAAAUUCGCUCAGCGCGGUUUAAAUUCACUCCACACGCGGCUUUACAGUUUGACGUGGGACAACAUUGUGUGUGUGUGCGUGCGCCGUAUGAAGCGUGUGUACUGUGUGCGCUACUCGUCAGGCAGCCGGUCUCUGUGCAGUUUUUCUUUGUGCACCCUUUUCUUGGAACGCAUCUACCGCAUAAAGCCACGGGUGGCGAGAUGUUAGCUACCUCGCCUGGUACACAGCAGGUCGUGGGUUUGAUCCAGACUCUGACGGCUUUAUAUACAGGGUAGUCCCCGACUUACGAUGGAGAUGCGUUACGACGACCCCAUCGUAAGUCGAAAAUAUCGUAAGUCGAAAAUGGCCUAGCCUAGCCAGGAGUCUUAAAGAAUGGUGAUAAUUUAGCAAAACAGCAAUUUACAGUGCCGUACUGUAUGAACGAUAUACUGUAUUUAUUAAUUGCAAUACUGUAUUGCACAGUGAAAUUUAAAGUAAAAAAACAAGGUAAAUUCUUAGCCUACCUAUAUGAACUGCAAUUUCAUAGAAAGUUUUUUCAGGAAACAAUCCUAUCUGCUAUACAAACUUUAACGUGCAUUGAACGUAACGUAACGUAUCGUGGUAACCC